AUGGACAGCGCCAGUCUGCCCGAACAGAUUCGUCCAGCCUCAAUACCCGACGCAGAGCAGGAUGGCAGCAGGGACAAGCUUACAAUCCAAGAUGCAUCUCCUCCUUCGGAUAACAAGCAUGGCUUGUCAUUGAACGUGCAUGUCGACUCUCAUGCUAGUCAUGAGCACACGCAUCACCAUGCAGAGAUACGUGCAAGACACCGAUACACUAUCCGUCGACCACGGGCCCUUCAGUUCUCGUAUCGAUCACAGGUCAUCCAUGCCGGGGACGAACGCGGGCUUCAUGAGACAAACAGCCGGUCGAGCAUUUCCAGCCACCUUCCCGAAGAUAUCGCCAAGGAGAGAGAAAGACUCGAUCUCUUCAUCGACCUGAUCUGGGUUGGCAUCAUCGGCAAUCUUUCAGAAGUCUUCUCGUCGUUAGGUUUCAGGGCCGAAGACCCAAACCUAGGGAUUGCAAUUCUCGUCUUUACCCUGGUCUUCUUGCCCUCGUGGCGCAUCUGGGACGCCAUGCGCGAGUUUCUGAACAACUACUACAUGGACGACAUGGUGCAGCGGGCUUUCACGCUGUGGAUUCUGCUGCUCUCAGUCUUCUACGGCAAUCAACUGGCCUAUCUGACCAAAGAUAUCGACGAGGUCAAGCAGUGGGUCAUUUCGACAUAUCUCGUCAUCUUCGGCGCCUUCUGGCUCAUUGAACUGGCGUAUUCGAUCUUCAUCAAAUGGCUGCGGAAAUUGGUCUUUUUCCAAACAAUCCUUCGACUACCUUCGAUCGCUCUCUGGGUCACCGCUAUUCAGCUACCGGGCGCCCGUGCCAUAGGCCCCGUCUGCGGUGCGAUCGUGUGGGAGUAUCUCUGUCCCAUCAUCAUGGACUCCCAAGUGACCGCGAGACUCACGCCGAUCGAGGUCAAGAAAGCGCUGGACGUGCACCACUUCCAGUCGCGCAUGUCCAACUUCUUCAUCAUCAUCUUGGGAGAGGGUGUCCUGCAACUCGUCAAGGACGGGCCCCUGGGUCUCGGCCUCAACGGCAGCACGGGCGUGAUGAUCUGGAUCCUGAUGAUCUACUACGAAUUCUCCUUCCUCUACUUCAACCGCGACGGGAGCCGGAAGUUCGUGCCCGCGGCCACCAAAAGGGGCCAGAAGACCUUGAUGUGGGUGUUUUGGCACAUCCCGCUCUUCUCGUCCAUCUUGACCUUUGCCUCCAGCGUCAUGUUCAUCAUCCGCCACCAGCCCGACGCGCCCUACAACUCCCUGACGGGCCAAGCAUCCGCAGAAAAGAUCCCCCAGGACGACCUCCCGCUCUAUCUGUACCGGGCCGUGUGGACAUGCGCCACCUCGCUGGGCGUGAUCAUGCUCAGCAUGACCGCCCUGGCUCUCCUCGACAAAUCCCUCGACGAACCCGCCACGCUCAAGAUCAACAAUCGCUACAUCCGCCUCGCGGGCCGCAUCGUGUACAUCAUUGUGAUUCCGUGCGUGCCCGCCGCCCACAACAUCGACGCCGACCUGUUCUUGGGCAUCGCGGCCUUCAUGUUGCUCGGCGUGACUGUCUGGGAGUGGAACGUCGGGCUGGACAAGGGAGGCGCGCUGAUCGAGCCGCUGGGUCUGUCGCACAUGAUGAGUCGCGAGUUGAAGGCCUAA